ACUGAGAGCUGGAGAAAGAUACGAAAGACAGGACAGGAGAGGAAGAAGAGAUUUAAAGGUCCUGAAUUUGUAAAGAAGAGUUCCUGCAGAGCUGCUGUGAUUCUUCUGAGUCUGCUGUGUCUUUUCCUCCUGAUUGGACUCAUAACUGUGGUUUUUCUUUUCACCCAAGGCAAAUCUCAGUGGGAAAUGGAGACAGAGAUAAUACACGAGCUGUACGACAACGUGACCAGUGAGAGAAACCAGUUACAGACCAGUUACAACAUCCUGACAACCAAACAAGACCAAUUACAGACAAGUUACAACAAUCUGGUUAAAGAGAGAGACCAGCUCCAGAAAAGAUUGGAAGACCUGACCACCAACAGAGACGACCUUCAGAGAAAGCUUCAAUAUUGCCGAGAAAAUUGGGUAGUUUUCAGUAAUAGUUUGUACCAAGUGUCUUCAGAGAAGAAAUCCUGGCAAGAAAGCAGACAAGACUGUCUUCAAAAAGGUGCACACCUGAUGAUUAUCAACAGUCAAGAGGAACAGAACUUUGUGAACCAGUUCAAGAAGAAUUUGUGGAUUGGACUGACUGACUCACAGACAGAGGGGACAUGGAAAUGGGUGGAUGGGACUCGAACGAGCACAAGCUACUGGAAUCGGAGGAAUGGUGAGCCAAAUGGUGGCACACAGCAAAAUUGUGGAGAGAUAGAUAAUUACAAUGCAGAAGACAGCUGGAAUGAUGCACCAUGUUCCAAUAGACAAUUCUGGAUAUGUGAGAAGAGAGUUUCUCCAUAACUUAACAUCCACACCCAACAAAUACUGCAGAACACAGAGCCAUGAAAUGAACUGCUGAAAUGAAGCUGAACAGAAAGCAGUGGACACUUACAGUGGAUAAAAUAAAUAUUGAACACGUCACCAAAUUUCUGAGUAAACAUAUUUCUAAAGGUAUUAUUGAAAUAAAAUUGUGUCAGUAACAACCCAUCCAAUCCAUACAUGCAAGGAAAUCAAACCAUAGAUGUCUGUAAAUUAAGUCAUGUGUAAUAAUGAAAAAUGACACAGGGAAAAGUUAUUGAACCCAUGAAUUGAACACCAGGUGAACUCUAUCAGUAAUAAGAAAGUAAUCCUGCUACUUAGUGCAAAUUAACAUCAGCUGCUUCAGUCUAUAAAAAGGGCUAUAAAAAGCUGUGUCAUUUCCGAGGUUUCACAUGAGAAACAUCUCACGAUGGGUAAAACCAAUGAGCUCUCUUGAGACUGUUGCAACAUCUCUGCCACUUCUGACUUCUUCAUUCUGUACCACAUUUCCUCUCUUGGCACCCUAAAUAUUCAUUCUCUAGAUCCACAAAGACAUUUAUGCAGUACUGAUCUGGUGGGGGCGUAGUUCAUACUUCAUCACUGUCCUCAUAAAUGUCUUGCAGAUACAUCUCUGCCACCCAGGAGUUACUUAUGUAAUACCCCAGUUCCUCUUUUGAUUCUCAGAAUAAAUGACUGUUUUUUCUCUUGUAGCAAAGGUGCACAGCAAAAACUGUGGCUGAAGAUGUGCUCUCAUUUAACAUGAAGUUUUAUUUGAUAUUUUUUUCACUUACAACCAAUGUAUUGUUAAAUAAGUUAAAGCAUUUUGUUGUUUAAUAUCAUGCUAAAGGAUAUUUCAGCUUGCAGUCUGAGGGGGGCAGGGAUCAGACUAUUUAUCUGCUGUACUCUGUUUUUCUUGUAUAAACAGCUUUGCAAUCCAAAAAUGUAUAAUGUUAUUUGUUUAGGUAACAAUAAUUAAAUAAUUAA